CAGGUGAUCAUUGCUCGCACCUAGCUUACCCUCCACAGAGGUAUUUCGUGGUUUGGCUAAUUUUACCGUUGAUCAUGAACACAGGAUUUUAGUCGCCCGGAACGAAGUAGAAGUGAGCCUCGGAUCCAAAUCAAUGUCAUUUAUAAUUUUAUCCUGAGGUAAGCGAGUCAACGGAAGUGUCUGGGAGGAGAAUAAUGUGCUUUUAUACCGGAACGAUCGACAUUAGUACAAGGUUUAGAAGGUAAAGAAAAAACUGUUGACUCGGACGGUCAAGGCUAGAAAACUUGAAAUUCGACUCUUUUCAGUUUUAAAUGUCAGUAGAAAGUGAACGACACUGUUCGCGAUAAAUGAGCUUUUAGUAAAGAUGUUGUACAAAGGAAGAAACGAAGCUGAUAUUUGCAUUCAGACGCGUCUCACUGAUGCAACAAUGCUUUUGAUAUAACAAGUAUAAGACAAGGAACGUUUCGAUCACAAUAUUUUAUUGAUGGAAAUUCUGGUUUUAUUUUUCAUUUUAACCAGGAUUCUUUAUUCAUGACUUUGAUAUUACUUAAUAUUGUCGGAGACAAAUUUAUUCUUGUUAUUGUCGAAAUCAAGGAUGUCGACUGAUUACGUAAAUUCUGCAGUUACGUGAAUUAACUGACCGUAAAGUGUUUACGAUCUAGUAGAAUUGUUUGAAUAGAAAAUUUAAAAUUUGUUUUCGAGUGCAUGAAAGUUGAAAUCUAAACACCUGUUGAUUUAAAUUCGUGAUAAUCUUGAACGAAUUGCACCUAAACAAUUAGUUUCUAUUGGAAAAUGAAAUCAGUGAUGCGACUGAGUCAAAGCGCAUGUGGUUGAAGAGUGGUUGAGGAGUAUGGCAACAGAUGGCAUGGAGAACAAAAAUUUUGGUCAUUGGCAAAACGCGUGAUGGUCAAGUACCCUUGACGCAUUCGUAACGCACUGGUGGUUUUAGAACAAUCAUUACUUUAAGCAACCUUGUGCAGGCUUAUCAGGGCUCAUCCAGGGGUGUUGCUAGAAUUUUUCCAGGGGUACGCAGACUGAGUCCAUUCCGUCUACCAAUUCGUUUUCAUUCGCUGAGUGAAAAUCGGCUAAAAAACAUUGCCGAAAUUUUGAGCGCAAAACAAAAAUCUGAAAGGAGUAAAAGGGGUGUUAAACAGGUAAAUGCGCCGUUUUUCAGUUAUCCCUUAUUUAUUUUUUCCUUUGCUUUGUUUUUCUAUUUUUUGUUUGUUGGUUUUUUUUAUGUAUCUUCGAGAUUUUCUCAGCUACGCUCUUGCGCAUUGGAGUAAAAGUAGCUAAACACCCAGGCAUGCUUCCCAACUCUUCCCCUGGUCUUCGCCUUCGCAAAAACGUGGCUUUCUACACGAAACAAGAAUUUUCCACAACCCAUUAUAUCGACGACUGAGUGCUCUUUACCGUAUUUACUGUUAUCUCCAACGAUGGUGUGCCUUUCUUCCUGAAUCGAUUAUCAGGGGCCUCGAUUUGAGGGCGCGAAAUCGAGGCAAAUCGCUUACUAAACAUAUUUACUUACUGUUAGCAUACUGUGAAAAUCUCAAAAGCCGAGAGUAGCUUCGAGCAACCCAGACAGAAAUAGUAAGGUGGCCUCGCGGUGAUAAUAUUAUUGUUUUCAUUACCAAUAUUAUUGAUAAGCUUGACCCCUUCCUAAUUUUCUUGACUUUCUUCUUAUACCGACAGUGUGUGGCAGGCCACCCUGCCAGAAGUGGCUAUCAUGGCCGCUUUUAUCUUUCUAAUCUUUGUCUUGGGUUGCUGGGCAUAACUGAAUAAGGAAAAGACUGGAACUGUCGCAGGAGUAGUGGCAGGCCUAAUAGUUGUUCACCUUACCCAGGGUUAGCCAACGACUGUUUUCUGUAAAAUAUCUGUUCGGAGAAGCAGAUGUUGCCUACAAUUUUCUUCUGCUUGAGGCGGCUGAAAAUUUCUAGAUGACUGUUCCAUUCAUGUACAAUUUUCGACGCUUAUCUGACAAAUUCCCUACGGUUUUCUAAAGUUUAAUUUUUCACAUUUCACUCUCCAUGUUAGGCUAUUCUUCGAAAAAAGGAAACCUAAAAUUUUCGGAUUCAAAAAUGUGAUGGAGAGAGGAAUCAGUAAAAUUAUCACUUUCGUAAUACGUUAAAUUGCAUCUAAAAUUUUCGGGAAAUUAAUACUGAAGCCCUUGUUAUUUCUAAAAGACUCAAUGAGCUCCCCUAGGAUGAGAAUGCACUUCUAGAGAUCUAAAAGUACUCUGGAUAGCCUAAAAUGUGUUUUCAAUGUCUCCAGGAGGAAACCGCCGUUGGGUGCCCCUGUUUUUAGCCUGCUGUGCUGGCUCUUUGUUAUAUUACGCUUACGAAACACCAGUCAGCUGAAACUAUAAACUUACGCGGACACUGUUGAAGAUAACAGAGAGAUCAGAAUAGCACCAAAUAAUGGCGGUAAAAAGACCACGAUAGGUUUUGGAAAGCUUUACAAUUAAUUUGAAGAGAAACUAGCAAGGAAUGCAGCAAGUGCUAGGCAGUUCAUUUUCAAGCCUGCGCGCAGACGAAACUAAACUCGGGGUUAAACGGAGUUAACCAGAGUUAAGUUUCGUCUGCGGGCAGGCCAUUCAUUUUCCUGUCAUUCCACACGGUCAGGUUACAUCUUGAUCCCCCUCUUAUCCUCUCUUGACAGAACCCAUUCAGGUGUUAUGAAUGGCCCGUAUUCUCCAGUCACAUUGUCUCAUAUUAAUGCUGAAAAAAGGGCUCUCGAUGGCAAAUCCGAUUGUUCAAUUUCGUCUGGUCCGUCUGUAAUUAUACGAGUUAUGAAAAGAAAAUGGGAUGACCGUGCAGCAGAAUUCAGACUUGUUUAUUGAUGCACGAAUCAUAGCUAAAACAAAAUUUGAGACAAUAAUUUGUGAUAAUUUCAAUCUUUGUUUUUUUGAAAACACGAGGUCUCCCGCGAGUGUUUUUGCUAGACGUAAAAACAUCCAUUCAAGAGUAAUUGCGUCCAUUCGUCAUUUGCAAAUUUCCUAUAAUACACCUUGUUUGCCCCUCAAAUUUCCCUAAUGAAAAGCAUUGUCUUAAAUAUCUCUUGGGACGACUGAAAUGCCAGGGAGAUAUUUAAGACAUGAAUAUGGGGAGUAAACAAGGUGUAUUGUGGGAGAUGUAGAAAUAAGGAUUUAUAGCAUGCGCAUUGGCUCAUCUUGUCCAAUUACUUGAGCUUCGAUAAAACGGGCAACAAAAACGUGCAACUUGUUUUUCAACAUUGCUGCAAAACGAGUUGAAUAGCGAUUUUGCGCGUUUUACCACCCUCGUUCAAGAGCCUGCCGCCCUUCAACAAGUCAGGUUGUUGAAAGUUGCGAAAAGUUGUUGUAGAAAGUAAGGAGCAGUUCCUCUUUUUGAGACAAAGUCUUUACAUCUUGCCCGUUUUAAGGUACGGUAAAACGGGCAACAAAAACGUGCAUUGUGUUUUUCAACAUUGCUUCAAAACGAUUUAAAUGGCAAUGUUGCUCGUUUAAUUACUCGCUACGUUUAAACCAUCCUUGCAACAAAUCAAGUUGCUGCAGGUUGCCAAAAUUUGUUGCAGAAAGUAGAGAGCAGUUCUACUUUUUGCAACAAAAUCUGUACGUAUGGCGCGUUUUACUGGCCCAAGGAAAACUUGUUUGCAGCAAGUGACGUAACUCCCGCGUAUGGCGUGAUUACCGCCUAAUUUCAUCCAAUCAGAAGUCAGUAUUCAUGCCACUUGCAACAACCUUAUUUGCUGCAAGACAAGUUUCAUUAGUGGGUGGUAAAACACGCAACAUCGCUAUUCAAUUCGCCUAUUUGCAGCAAUGUUGCCCAAAAAAAUUGCACGUUUUUGUUGCUCGUUUAACCGUAGCUUUAGGCACGACGCAAAAUUCAGUCUAAAGAAUUAUCUUCCUGAGCUUUUACUUUCAUGACUUAUUAGAGCGGCUUAAGUUGAUAUUUAUUCACUUCGAAAGGGUUCUUCGUUUUGUGAUAGAGUUCGCUUGAAUUUCUGUUUUUGCUUGUUGCGCCAUUAACAUACGGCUAAGAGAGCUGUCAAGCAUAUAGGUUAAAAAUGACUUAGUUUGGGUCAUUUUUCUGUCUGAAUGGUCAUUUUAUUAGAGAAAAGUAUUAAAUCAAAUGUUUUGAGUUCCUCCAGAAAUGAAUGCACGCUCUCCUAGCAAAACUCAGUGACGGUUGUUUCUGUUGGUUUCCGUCCACCAUGUCGGUACCCAUCCGGAUGGGCACCAACAUGGGGUCUCCAUAUAAAACUCUAUAAAUUUGCGUAAAUCUUUUCUCCGGAUAUACUGCAUAUGAAAAACUGUACUGAGCAAAAUCUUGGCGUGGGUCUUUGCAUAUUACCUCCUUUUAUCCCCUAGAUUCUGGACAUUUAUCGUUUGAACGGUUUUGAUUUUUAUUUUUGAUGGCGUGACAGUGAGAACCAGCAAAUCAGUUAAAUCUAUCUAAGCAAGUUAUAGUGGUGAUUAAUUCAGAUAUUUACCACCCUUUGAUUCAGAAUGGCUGAAGGAGGAGAGGAUUACAGUUCUGAUAACGAUUUAGAUUCUGGACGUUUAUCUCUUAAACGGUUUUGAUUUUUAUUUUUGAUGUCGUUACACUGAGAACCAGCAAAUUAGUUAAAUCUAUCUAAUCAAGUUAUAGUUGUGAUUAAUUCAGAUAUUCAUCGCCUUUUUAUUCAGAAUGGCUGAAGGAGGUGAGGAUUACGGUUCUGAUAACGAUUCCGAUGUUUCCCUCAGCCUUGGAUCGGACAUUGGUGAAGAUUCAGAUGACGGUAGGUAUAAAACCGACUAAGACAAUCUAUCCGAACGAUGUAAAAAUAUAUUCAUCCUUAUUAUAUCUGUUUCUGCUUUGUCUUGUUACAAUAACAAGAAUUAAUACAAGAAUAAUGUUAUAUACCAAGAGCUUAUUAAAGAAAAGACAACAGGAAAAUUAAUUCAUUAAUUGGAGCGUAGAGGCUAGCUAAAGGAACCCGGGAGAUUCUCAAGUUACAUCCUAAUAUUAUUUUCAUGGAUGUUA